UUAUCAGACACGCAAAAAUGUUGUUAUAGUGUCUCUAGACUCUAUUAUCAUCUAGUCUGAACAAACAAAUUUGUCCUUUUCUCUCUCCUCCAUCCCUCACAUUCUCUCAUUUGCUCAUAAGCUAAAAAAACCAAUCAAUGGAAUUGAAAUAAUUUCACAUAUAUAGCACAGAGAAGAGGGAAACCCUACAAUCAAUUUCCAAACCUUCAUAUAUCCCUUUAGAUCUAAGCUUACAAAACCAUAAAUAACACUUACAUUUUUGGUUCGAUCUCUAUAUUAUAGAUAUUUUAAAGGGUUUACUCUUGUUAAUCGAAUAUAUACAAGAUGAAUAUAUUCAGAUUAGCUGGUGAUAUGACCCAUUUGGCUAGUGUUCUUGUCUUGCUUCUCAAGAUCCAUACCAUCAAAUCAUGUGCUGGUGUUUCUUUGAAGACUCAAGAACUCUAUGCUAUUGUCUUUGCUACUCGCUACCUGGAUAUGUUUACGGACUUCAUAUCGCUGUAUAACACUGUCAUGAAGCUAAUAUUUCUCACCAGCUCCUUUUCAAUUGUCUGGUACAUGAGAAGGCACAAGAUUGUCAGAAGGUCAUAUGACAAGGACCAAGAUACCUUUAGACACUGGUUCCUUGUACUGCCUUGCUUAGCCUUGGCUUGCCUUCUCAAUGAGAAAUUUACUUUUAAAGAGGUCAUGUGGACAUUUUCCUUGUACUUGGAAGCAGUCGCCAUCCUUCCCCAGUUGGUGCUGUUGCAGAGAACUAGAAACAUUGACAACCUGACCGGACAAUAUAUAUUCCUUCUAGGGGCUUACCGUUCGUUGUACAUCCUCAACUGGAUUUAUCGCUACUUCACUGAGCCUCACUAUGUCCACUGGAUACCAUGGUUAGCUGGAACUAUUCAGACAUUGCUGUAUGCUGACUUCUUUUAUUAUUACUUCCAAAGCUGGAAAAACAACAGAAAGCUCCAGUUACCUGCUUAAGCUCUUCAGUAGCUCGUCUGGGAUGUUGUUCGUCGUGGUACUUAAAAAAAAAAGGCUGACAAUUCAUGCAAUUCCCGUGAUGUGUGAUUUAUGAACAUGGUUAUCAGUUUAGCCUAGCUUUAUUUUUCACCAUAUCUGGUUAUCACCCUGAAUUUAUUGGGUUUUUGCUACUCUCAGAACAUCUGUAUACACUCAGAAUCUUAGAUUUAUUUUCUGUCAAGAAAGUUCAUUUUUUUCUCUCUAAUAGCGACACUGACUGAACCUUAAAGAAUCCAUGAAAUGUUUUAUCUGGAGAUUACUUGUAUAUACUCUGCCCAGUUUCUCAUC